AUGGCACGCGCAGCUGUCCUGCCCCCCUCUCCUGCCAAGCGGGGAGCCCGCGCCGUGCCUCGAGUUGCGACCAAGACCACAGCUUCUUCUGCUGCUCGAACCAAGGCUACUGCGGACGCGAAGAAGAAUACCGCCACCAGAACCGCUCCUGCCGACUAUGACUCGGAUACCGACGAUGAGCUGUGUACGAUAACAAGACAGGUGGAGACGAAGUCUCGAGCUCGUGCCAAACCUGCUGCUCGGUCAACGACGAAAACUGCAACCAAAACUGCUCGUGGAAAGAAAUUGGCGCCGGCGCCGGCUGUGGAGGAGUCUGACAUCAAGAGUGAGGCCGAAGAGGCUAAGACUGAGCCGAAGAAACGCGCCGGACGACCGAGAAAAAGCCCUGCGCCCGCGGAAGCUCCAGCUGUGCCUGCGCCUGCCCCCAAGGCCCGGGGGCGACCAAAAGGUUCGACGAAUAAGACAUCCCAAGCUGGGACGAAAUCAUCAGCUACACGGAAGAACACACGAACGGUGCGCGAACCCGAGCCAAGCAGUCAUGUCGCUGACCAGAAACGGAUUGUAAUUGCGACCAACUCGACUACGAUGCGGUCAAAUCUCUUGCGUGGUCCCGCGAAGAAGAAGACAGUUACAUUCCAAGAUGUGUCAGAUUCAGAAUCCGAGGAGGAGGAAGAGGAAGAGGAAGAAGAAGAAGAAGAAGAAGAAGAAGAAGAAGAAGAAGAGCCAGCUGCUCCUGUUGCCGGCCGGAGAAGGGCGGCUACGAAGUGGGCUGGAAAGACCGGUCUUGGAGCUACGCCGGUUCGCAAGGCCGCAGCCACUGGCCGUGGACGGAAACCUGCUACUGCUAAGAAGGACGGAGCACAACCACUUUCCCCUAAGAAGACGAAGCAAAUGGCCAAGUCUCUUUCUGCUUAUGCUAGCUCUGAUGGAGAGGAUGAUGAACUUGCUGCGGCCAAGGAAGAUAUCAACAGCCCCGUCCGGCUGGUUCACUCACCUGUGAAGCAUGCGAAUGAGAGUCCUGGACUUGCCUCGCCUGUCCGGAGGAUCAAUUUCACUCCUAAGAAGGCCUCCAGUGCGGUCGACGAGAAUGGUGAACCAAAAGUCACUACCCCCAAAUCCACUGGACUCAGCUCCCCCGUUCGGAAAAUCAAUUUCACUCCCAACCGGAGCCGAAAUGCGAAUGAGGAUUGCGACCAUCUCUCUCUGCCCGGUGGAAAAUCCAUCGAUUUUAGCGAAUCAAUGUUCAUGUCCAGCCCCGCAAGACGCCCCGAGGUCUCUCCUUUCAAGUUCAACCAUGUGGAUACGCCCAACCGCCGUCUUUCGCAGUCUGUUCCUGCCCCCAACUUCGCACCGGGUCAAGGAUCGCCGCUCAAGAUGUCUCCGCGGAAAGGACCACUGAGUUCUUCCUUUUCUCGAUCUCCAGCAAAAUCCGCAACUCCGUCGUUACCCGCCAGAUCCUCUCUAUUCCAGAGCCCAGCGAAAAAAGGAGCGUCACCAUUCAAAAGCUCUUUGUUCUCAUCUAAAUUUUCGAUUCCUGAGACUGUACCGGUUCAGGAUGAACCGGUCUGUACGACACCUACCUCACAGUCGAAGCAGUCCCCCGCGAUCACGCCCUCCCUGGGAAGAUACAGGAGUGAAGAUACCGAGAUGGUCGAGGAAGUGGCUCGUGAUAUCUUUGGUAUCGAGUUGCAGUCUUAUCGGCCCAUGUCGGAGUCACCCCUGUCAAAAGAAUCUUUGAAUCUCCAACCCGCAGCUCAGAUGGAGGUUGAGCCAGCUGAAGAUGUGGACGAGAACCAGGCCGAGAUGGUUGACUUCACUGAAAAUAUUGAUGUCGAGCAUGAGAUGGAAGGCACACCUGCACCUAGCGAUGAGGCGCCUUUCCAAGUUGAUGAUGCUCCCGAGCACAUUGAGCCUGAGCCUUUCGUAAUGGAAGAUGCGACUGAGCAGAGUGACGAGGAACCUCUCGAGGUUGAUCAUGCUUCUGACAACAUUGAUCCUGAGCACAAUGUGAUGAAGGACACGGCUGAACAGAUCGAUGAAAAGCUCAUCGACAGUGACGUUCUUUCUGAUUCAGACAUGGAGGAUAAGCUUGAAGAGCUUCAGAAAGAGAUCCAGAGCGAGCCCGAAGAUUUCGGUACUAUCUGUUUCAACACCAUGGAGUCCCUCCAGCAGCCCUUCAAGGACUUCGAGCGUUUGGAAGAUCCUCAGGAUGACUUGAUAUUGGGAGAUACCGCUUCCGACCAAGAUCAGACAGAGGAUGACCAAGACGACGACAUUCAACAAUUGGAUAUCGUUGAGGAUAUCGCGGAGCCUUUCGUGGAGCCAGUCCAGGACUUGCCGGAACCGAAAACGGACGUAUCUUCAGAGCCAUUCCUCAAUUUGUUUGCCCUCGAAGAAGCUCAGACUCCGCGAAGCGUCCGCCAUAUCAGUGAGCUGGAAAGCGAUCAUGAAGAGUACGAAGAAGACGACUUCGAGUACACUGUUAGCUCUAUCUGCUUCCCAGAAGAAGACGAAGAAGAAGGCGAAGAAGAAGAAGAAGAAGAAAAAGAAAAAGAGGCCCAGCCUGCGGUGCCAUUGGAAUGUGACGACCCAACCCUUGUGCCAUCCGAAGCAACAUUCACCAUCAUGUCCGACGCUGCUUCAACUGAGGAAGUCAAUGAGACUGAACAACGCUCCCAUCCCUUUAAUCGGAUGCCGUCCAUCCCGCCCCCAGCCCCCUCUCCCUCCCCUGCAGAUGCCACCCCUUCGUCCAUACCAGCCAGUGCCAAAUCUUACGACAGACUGUUUGACAUCAACCUCGAACCACGCAUGGAUCUCGAGGACAGUCUUUUUGAAACCACACAGUCGGAAAUCCCGACACCACGGGUCCCCAGCGUCGCCGAUACGCCCAGUGCCGCGGGCCGCCGGAAGUCUAACUUUAAUGUCGACUUUGGCUUCACACCGCUUGUGCAGCAAUUUGGUCAGUGGGAAACAAAUUCGCCGCCUCUCAAUCAAUCUGGAAAACCUCGUCGACGAGGCGUUUUCUCUCUUGUUGGACCUCUCGAGAAACCUGUCGAGCCCAGCACACCCGAGCCUGGCGACAUCUCAUACCCAGAUCUUUCACGCACUCCUCUUGCGAACACUCCAUCCCUGUUCGCGGAGUUGCCUCUACAGGAGCGAUCCGAUCGUGCCACCUCGCCAGUCUCCGCUGCUGCGACGGAAGGUAUUGGUAACUUCGAUUCGCCAAACAAGAGCGAGAUAUUCGAAGACACCGAUCAUAUUGCCUUGGAGGGAGCACAUGAAGAAAUGCGCGCCCGUUAUGCUUCGUCCACUCCUGAGCCGACUGAAAAUGAGGAUGACGAAUCGCCAUCAGACGAAGAGAAGGAGAACAGUGACACCCCUGUCAUCCCAGUCACUCCGGUCAGGCCUGUUCCCGAGUACCAUCGAACAGUCCACACUGUUUCCAAGGUCCCACUGAAGGGUGAAGGCGAGGUUUCUCCUUUGAAGAUUCCUCGCAAGCGCGGUCACUCUCUGUCCGGGGCUUCACCUACGCGCUCUUCUCCUCGCGUCCGCAAACCAGCUUUCCGACCUUUUGUCGACAGUGCACCGGCCCUUCCACCUAGCAAGCCAACCGACCCUGAUGCCAGCCCUGCACCAAAGCGUCGUUGCAGCUCUCAGAGACGCUCUAACGCUCGAGUUUCUGCGAUGAGUCCCCCCAAGCCCGCACCUGUUGCUCGCAGCCCUUCCAAGUCCCCUCGCAAGGCCAAGGCCGCUACAACCCUGCAAGGUGCCGUGGUGCAUGUUGAUGUUCACACUACCGAGGGCGAGGAUGCAUCAGGGAUAUUUGUAGAGCUUCUUCAGCAGAUGGGUGCUCGUUGUGUAAAGACAUGGUCUUGGAAUGGCCGAUCUAGCAUGUCCCCUGUUGAUGGAGCGGACCCUAGAGAUUCACGUGUGGGAAUCACCCACGUCGUCUACAAGGAUGGUGGAUUGCGUACCUUGGAAAAGGUCAAGCAAGCGUCUGGUGUGGUGAAGUGUGUUGGUGUUGGUUGGGUUCUUGACUGCGAGAGGGAAAACAAGUGGCUGGACGAGACUCCAUAUGCUGUCGAUAGCUCGAUCAUUCCCCGCGGUGGCGCCAAACGCCGCAAGAGCAUGGAGCCUCGCGCAUUGAGCAACGUCAAUGGCACGCUCGUCAAAAUUCCCGAACCUUCUACUCCUUCGGCAAGCGGCCGGCGCCGCGGCGCCGACCAAGGCGCAGUGGAAGGUUUCCGCAAGAUAACACCCCCGACGCCGCGCCAGGGUGAGCCAUCCACCCCUACUCAACAGUCGGAUCGCAACCAAUACCCUCAAACACCUGGCUACAAUUUUGCCAACCUCGACGCCAUCGGCAUGUCUCCUGCUACGCCCUACUUCCUCUCCAACCGCAACCAGCUCAUUCAGCAGUCUUGCCCACCGAAGCAGAGCAACAAGGGUUUGUUCCCUGCCUCGCGACCAACAUUCAGUCUCGAGGAAGAGAGCGAGGAAGAAUAUCGACGUCAGCAACGGGCUCGGAUGGAGGCUGCUCGCAGGAAGAGUCUUUUCUACAGGCCUGCUAUGGGGAGUCCGCUCGGACAAUGA